AUGGAUGCCACGUACAAGACAAACAGACAUCGGCUCCCGUUCGUAAAUGUCGUCGGUACAGGCAGUGUUGGUUAUCCAGACUUGAAAACGUUCUGUAUUGCUGGUGGAUGGGUGUCUGAAGAAACGAAUGUCAGCUACGACUGGUUUGUCAAAAAGCUUGAGGAAGUUGUUUGGCUCGCCAAGUCAAAUGGACAGGCUGCUAGAUUUACAGCGCCACUUAUCGAAGUUCGCCUUCAAUGCAAUUCGCAAGAAGCUUCUCCUGAAGAGGAAGAAACAAUCCACAGAAGCAGCAACAUUCUAGCGAUUUCGGAAUCAUAUUCUGCUCCCACCAUGGAGAAUCAAAUCGAGGCUGAGCUCACGCGUAUCACCACUAUGUUGCAUCGAUUUCCUGACCAAAAGCAACGUUCGACUCUUCUGUGCCAUUUGCAAGCCAUCAGCGAUGAUCUUUUUAUGGACAUCAACUCAGGCCGGGUGCAUUGGUUGAAUGGCCUGCCUGCUACCCUUAUGCUCAAGGUAAAGGCCGCAAAGAUGGUGGUGCCAGAAUCUGAGGUGAUCAAUGGUAUCCCUUAUUCCAAGGCGCAUUUGAAAGCAUGA